AUGUUGCCAAGACCGGCGUGGUUAACUAAGCCCUUCCUAGCCUCCCUCUUUUUGGGGAUAGGGGGGUUUCUUUAUGGAUACGACUCUGGAAUCAUCACCCCGAGUUUGGCGUUGGGUUCGUUCGUGACAUACUUUGACAAGCCCGACGCGCCGCUUCGCGGUGCCAUUGUGCCAUUGCUUUUGGGUGUAUAUGGGGCGUACUUGGAGGCGCACUCAUGGCCGGCGCUGCCCAUGUUGCCAUGUGUGAUCAUUGGUCGCCUUCUCGUCGGCUACGCGGUCGGGACCAUUACCGGAGUUGCUCCUGUUUUUGGAGCAGAAAUAGCCAAGACGCACGAGCGCGCAAAGAUCACUGCGGUGAACCAGAUGAUGGUGGCCUGGGGCUUUUUCGUAGCCUUAUGGGUAGGCGUGGGAGAAGGUAAAUGGGGCAACGCGAACCAAUGGAGACUCGGGUUUGCCAUCCAGGCCAUCCCCGCGCUCGUUCUCGGGGUCGGCGUCCUUUUCAUCGGAGAGUCACCACGAUGGCUCUGUCUCCAAGGCCGCUAUAAAGAUGCCGAGGAGACGUUCAACCGGUGGCAUCACGACGGAACAAACGAUGAAUGGUGCCGGACCGAGUUCGUCCUUAUCCAGACCAGUAUUGCUGAGGAGGUCGACACGCAACACCACCUCGGUUGGGUCGAUCUCGUUCGCACCCCUUCUUUCCGGAAACGUCUUUUCGUCGGGUGCUUCGUCUGGGCUGCUGCCAUGCUGUCUGGUAUCAGCUUUGUCCAGUAUUACCAGACCGCCAUCUAUGCGACGCUGCAGUUCGACCAGGACCAACAGCUGCUGGUGAGCGGUUUGUACGGCUGUGUUGCCCCUGUUGCGUGCAUUCUUUCGCUUUUCUUCGUCGACCGCGUUGGCAGGAAGAAGAUCUUGGUUAGCAGCUCGGCCUUUCUGUCGGUGUCCUACAUGAUCAUCACGAUUCUUGCCGCCUUGUACCCUGCGAGACCUGGUUUCCCGACCAACGCGGCAGCCCAGAAGGGCCUGAUUGCCUGCAUCUUCAUGGUUUCAGCCAACUACUCGGCGUUAUUGGGCCCCAUGACUUGGAUCAUUCCGCCCGAAGUUUUCACCACGGAGCUCCGUGCCAAAGCAAACGCCGUCGUCCAGGUCCUGCACUACUCUAUCAGCUUGAUCAUCACCCAGUGUUCGCCUAUCGCGCUUGAGAGGGUGGGUUGGAAAUAUUAUAUCCUGUUUAUCCUCACCAAUGCUCUUUGUGCGGUUGUCUUUUGGCUUGCCUAUCCGGAAACAAGAGGAAAGUCACUUGAGGAGAUUGACGAAAUAUUCGGUGACAUUGAGAGGAAGCGUGACGUUGAGGUUGAUGCUGUCGGGAAUGUGGUAGUGGGGAAGGAUGUCAAUGAGAAGUAA